AUGAAGCAAUUCGGCACGACGUACGAGUCGAUUCAACUAGCCACAGGCGAGCGGGUGGCAGCGAAAGCGAUCGAGAACAAGGAAGUGCGUAUAAUGAAACAGGUGCGUGUAACGAAGAAGGCGUACAAUGAAGCAGGUGCUUGUAACGAAGCAGUUGCGCAGAGCGAGAGUGAAAGGAGCAAGCUGGAUGAAGCUGCCUAUAGCAGCGGCGGACGUGCGGAGGGAGGUGGCGAUAAUGAAGCUGCGGUUUCAACACAGUUCUCAAAUCCCACUACUCUCUCCGGUCCCCUUCUCCCCCCCCCCCCGUUUCCCCCCCAUCCCAUUCCCCCCUCUCCCCAACCACCAUCUCCCCGCCCACAGAUGAAGCUGCCUAUAGCAGUGGAGGACGUGCGGAGGGAGGUGGCGAUAAUGAAGCUGCUGUCGGGCCAUCCCAACGUGGUGCAGUUCAUUGACGUGUUUGAGGACACCGACUUUGUGUACAUCUGCAUGGAAAUCUGUGAGGGUGGCGAACUCCUUGACCGAAUCCUUAGCAAGCGGGAGAACCGGUAUUCAGAGAAGGAUGCAGCAGGGGUGGUGCGGCAGAUGCUGAGCGUGGUGGCCAAGUGCCAUCUGCACGGGGUCGUGCACCGCGACUUAAAGCCCGAGAACUUUCUCUUCAAGUCCAAGGCAGAGGACGCGCUCCUUAAAGCCACCGACUUUGGCCUCUCGGAUUUCAGAAAACCCGGCAAACACUUCACAGACGUGGUGGGAAGCGCCUACUACGUCGCACCUGAGGUGCUCAAGCGGCGGUCGGGGCCGGAGAGUGACGUGUGGAGCAUCGGGGUUAUCACGUACAUUCUGCUGUCAGGGAGGCGGCCAUUCUGGGAUAGAACGGAGGCGGGGAUAUUCAACGAGGUGCUGAAGAAGCGGCCUGACUUCAGGGAGAAGCCAUGGCCUAAUGUGUCGUCCAGCGCCAAGGACUUUGUGAAGAAGCUUCUCAAGAAGGACCCCCGCGCCCGACCCACUGCCGCCCAGGCCUUGUCACACAAGUGGGUGAAGGAGGGGGGCGAUGCUUCGUCAGUCCCGCUGGACAUAGCAGUGCUGUCCAACAUGCGCGAGUUCGUCAAGUACUCGCGCCUCAAGCAGAUGGCGCUCAAGGCCCUUGCGACAACACUGGAGGAGAAUGAGGUGCAGGCGUUGAGGGAUCAGUUCAACGCGAUGGACAUUAACAAGGAUGGUACCAUCACGAUUGAUGAGAUCAGACAGGCACUAAGUCACGACCUGCCAUUUGAAGUGAAGGAGUCGAGAGUGCUGCAGAUCCUCCAAGCGAUGGACACCAACUGUGACGGGAUUAUUGACUUUGAUGAAUUUGUGGCAGCAACGCUGCACGUGCAGCAGCUGGAGGAGGCCGACUCCACCAAGUGGCAGGAGCGCUCGCGAGCCGCAUUCGCCCAGUUUGACCGCGACAACGACGGGUACAUCGAUGCGGAGGAGCUGAGGAUGGCUGCCCAAGUUAAUUUUCCGUUGGAUAACCUGAUAGCAGAAGCCGACACGGACGGGGAUGGCAGAAUCAGCCUGCCCGACCACGGCCACCACCAUCACCACCACCACUGCUGCCCAUCGCCCACCACCCUCAACGCAGCCCAGCGCGCCCUCCUCUCGCUCUUCUCCUUCCUCCGCCUCGCCCCUCUGGCCGACCGCAUGAGGGAGAGCGCGCCCCUCGCCUCUCUCUCCCUCGCGCUCUGCCUUGCUGCCUACGCUGUGCCGCUGCUUGUGCCGCUCGUUGUCCAGAUGCAAUCCCAGCCGUUGGUGGUGCAGAUGCUGCAGACGGGGCUUGUUGCUGCAGCUUUCCCUCUCACUGCUAUCCCAGCAACCAUGGAUGCAUUGGUGGAUAUAGCAGGCGGGGCAGUGAACAUCCACGUGCUCAUGACCGUCGCAGCAUUGGCAUCAGCGGCCAUGGGGAAUGCACUCGAGGGCACUCUGCUGCUCGCUAUGUUCUCCAUCUCCCAUAUAGCGGAGCAUUAUUUCACCGAAAAGGCUCUGGGCGACCUUCGCUCCCUGCAGGACAACAACCCUUCCACUGCUCUGCUCAUCGAUCCCUCGUGCCUCUCUUCUGUCGGUGCUUCUACUGCUGCUGCUGCUUCUGAAAACGGUGCCAGUGGCGGCAGCAACAGCAGCAUCAGCAACGGCAGCAGCAACGGCAGCAGCAGCAGCAGCAGCAGCAGCAGCGGCGACGGUGGGAGCGAAAGGAGAGAAGGCGGGGUGGUGUUUCCGGGUCUGGCUGCCCUCUCCUGGUCCGAAGUGCCUGUAGCAGAUGUGCCGGUGGGGGCUAUGGUGCUGGUCAAAGCGGGCGAGGUGGUCCCUCUAGACGGCACCGUUCGCUUCGGCCGCUCCCUCGUCACCGCAGAGCACCUCACAGGCACCUACCUUUCUCUUCCUUCCCUGCUGCUCUGCUCUUUCAUAUUUUCCCCCCCACCCUUCAGGUCCUCGCCAGGGGUGCGGGGGGUCACUGUAUCGGGCACUGGCAGUGAUGGUGGCGGCGUCGCCCUGUGCCCUCGCUGUUGCUCCGCUCGCCUACUUCUGUGCUCUCACUGCCUGUGCAGCCAAGGCCCGGUGCUGUUCGGCUGGCCGUUUUUGAGCUCGCCAGGGGUGAGGGGGUCACUGUACCGGGCGUUAGCAGUGAUGGUGGCGGCAUCUCCCUGUGCUCUUGCUGUCGCUCCCCUCGCGUACUUCUGUGCUUUGACAGCAUGCGUGGGCAAGGUGAGACUCUCUAGAAGUCCUAGCAGCUCUAGAAGUCGUGUUGAGCUCGCCAGGGGUGAGGGGGUCACUGUACCGGGCACUGGCAGACUGGCAGUGAUGGUGGCGGCGUCCCCCUGUGCUCUAGCUGUUGCUCCCCUCGCCUACUUCUGUGCUUUGACGGCAUGUGCGCGCAAGGGCAUUCUACUGAAGGGCGGCCAUGCCCUGGACGCCACAGCAGCGUGCGACACAGUGGCGUUUGACAAGACCGGCACGCUCACCACCGGCCAACUCGCCCUGCGCUUCAUCCAACCUCUGCACUCCCACGCACCGCACACCACUCCCUCCCUCCUCACCCCCUCCUCCCCCGUCCCUCCCUCCGACUCCACACCUUCCUCUCCCUCCUCCUCCACCUCCUCUCCCUUCUCUUCCUCCUCCUCAUCCGCCUCUUCCUCGUCCUCCUCUCCUAAUUUCGUUGAAAGGCGAGAAAUUCUGGGAAGACUGUGCAAUGGAGGGGACAGGGGGAGUGCGCAGACACAGUCACGAGUGGGAGGAGACAGGAGUGGUGGUGGAGUGCAGCAGCUGCAAGCUGUGAGGGCAGAGGCGCUCGCAGUGGCUGCCUGCACUCGAGCAAGCAGCCACGCACCCCCAUUGCCAGGCGUGGUGGUGGAGUGCAGCAGUGCGAGCUGUGAGGCUGAGGCGCUGGCAGUGGCUGCUGCUCUCGAGUAA